CCUGGCUCGGUGGCUGCCUUCUCCAGCUCCCCGCUCCCUGCCCCUCCUACUCUAGCCCCUCCUGCUUGACUUUGGGAGCUUCAAAAGUCAGGCACACACCCACCAUUGGCCUGUCCUUGUGCUGGACGCGGGCACAGUGGCACACUGGCCGCUGGGGCAGGAAGAGCAUGGGGAGAAAAGGCCACCGAGGCUUGCAGCUCAGCCCGGCCCCGUCUGAGAUGAGGGUGUCCCCCGCCUGAAGACAACGAGCCAGGUCCUGAGUGAUGCCCGGGAGCUGAGUGCCCACAGCCCCACCCUUCCCCAUGGAGAAAGGACUUGCUUCGCCCCAGGACUGCCGGGACUUUCUGCACAGUCUGAGGAUGAGGAGCAAAUAUGCCCUUUUCCUGGCUUUUGUGGUGGUGGUUUUUGUCUUUAUUGAAAAGGAAAAUAAAAUCAUAUCGAGGGUCUCGGACAAGCUGAAGCAGAUCCCCCAGUCCCUGGUAGAUGCUAACAGCACUGACCCAGCCCUGGUCUUGGCGGAGAACGCCUCCCUCUUGUCCCUGAGUGAGCUUGAUUCGGCCUUCACGCAGCUGCAGAGCCGCCUGCGAAACCUCAGUCUGCAGCUGGGCUUGCAGCCCGCCCAGGAGACCGAGGGGGAGCGGGAGGGGGGGCCCCGCGGCCCCGCCGAGGUACGCCCCCGGCGCCACGUGCUCCUCAUGGCCACCACCCGCACCGGCUCCUCUUUCGUGGGUGAGUUCUUCAACCAGCAGGGCAACAUCUUCUACCUCUUCGAGCCGCUGUGGCACAUCGAGCGCACGGUGUCCUUCGAGCCAGGCGGCGCCAGCGCGGCGGGCUCGGCCCUGGUCUACCGCGACGUGCUCAAGCAGCUCUUCCUGUGCGACCUGUACGUCCUGGAGCAUUUCAUCAGCCCCCUGCCGGAGGACCACCUGACCCAGUUCAUGUUCCGCCGCGGCUCCAGCCGCUCUCUCUGCGAGGACCCCGUGUGCACGCCCUUCGUCAAGAAGGUCUUCGAGAAGUACCACUGCAAGAACCGCCGCUGCGGCCCCCUCAACGUGACGCUGGCGGCCGAGGCCUGCCGCCGCAAGGAGCACAUGGCGCUCAAGGCCGUGCGCAUCCGGCAGCUGGAGUUCUUGCAGCCCCUGGCCGAGGACCCCCGGCUGGACCUGCGCGUCAUCCAGCUGGUGCGCGACCCCCGCGCCGUGCUGGCCUCGCGCAUGGUGGCCUUCGCUGGCAAGUACGAGACCUGGAAGAAGUGGCUGGCUGAGGGGCAGGACCGGCUGAGAGAGGAGGAGGUGCAGCGGCUGCGGGGCAACUGCGAGAGCAUCCGCCUGUCGGCCGAGCUGGGCCUGCGGCAGCCGGCCUGGCUGCAGGGCCGCUACAUGCUGGUGCGCUACGAGGACGUGGCCCGCAGGCCGCUGGAGAAGGCCCGGGAGAUGUACCGCUUUGCAGGCAUCCCCCUGACCCCGCAGGUGGAGGACUGGAUCCAGAAGAACACCCAGGCGUCCCGAGACAGCAGCGGCAUCUACUCCACGCAGAAGAACUCUUCGGAGCAGUUUGAGAAGUGGCGCUUCAGCAUGCCCUUCAAGCUGGCGCAGGUGGUGCAGGCUGCCUGCGGCCCCGCCAUGCGCCUCUUCGGCUACAAAUUGGCGCAGGAUGCCGCCUCCCUCACCAACCGCUCUGUCAGCCUGCUGGAGGAGCGAGGCACCUUCUGGGUCACGUAG